AGACACGGGAAUGUUGCCAAUAAUCUGGUGGUUCGGCAUUAUAGUAUGCAGUCUAGAUACCGCAGAUACCGCUAAGCUGAUUCCAAACAUGGGCUACUAUAUAGAAAUGAAGCAAAUGGAUUGCGUGGGCAAUCCCAACUAUUUCGCGAACCUGUACUGCAGGAUUAUACCACCCAAAAACCGGACCAUGGAGGCUUCUGUGAAUAUUAUGCAACAGUUGAGUGUUUUCAGUGGUUCACUUCGAGUGUCCAUACCCAAUGCCAAGAAGGUCAUAACCCAGAUAUUCGACAUCACCUUCGAUGUGUGCAAGGUGCUGCGGGAACGCAAGCGGAAGAUUCUCAUCGAUCUUUUGGUCAACACUUUGGCCAAGAACAGCAAUGCAAAGGCUUGGAGAUGUCCUUUUCCAAAGGGUAAAUUUGAGUCGAGAAACAUUUCGGUUACCGAUCUGCCGCCAAUGCUAACCGAAUCGGAGUUUUUUGUGAACUUGGACUUCUUUAUACCCAAGGUGGCCAUUGCCAUGAAUGUCACCUUACAUGGGCAUCUCUUUGAGAUUGCAAAGGAAAGGAACAGGCGGAAGAAAUAUUUGUAACUUCUAAUGUACACGUAAUUUAAAUAAAUGUAUAUAAUUCAAAGCGAAGAGACAAACUUAAAAUGUAUGGAAUUGGAAUUU